AUGGUCUCUGCUACACACACUGCUGCUGUUAUCAACGAGGCUGGCAACGUCGACAUUAAGAAGGUCGAUAUCCCGAAGGCCGGCGAGAACGAGGUGCUCGUGAACGUCGUCACUGCCGCUCUGAACCCUGCGGACUGGAAGAUCACAAAGGGUCUCGGCAAGACUGGCAGCGUCCCAGGCCACGACUUCGCUGGAGUCAUCAAGGAACUUGGCCCGGCUACCGGAUCGACUGGUCUCAAAGUUGGAGAUAGGGUGACAUCGUACAUCCCGUGGGCCCGAGGCAUAAGCGGCUCUUUCGCCGAGCACGUCGCCGCGAGCGCGGACCACUGCAUUCCGCUUCCUGACACUUGGACCUUCGAGCAAGGCGCGGGUGUCGGAGUGGGCAUGUAUACAGCAUUCCAGGCGAUAUUCGAGAGUCUCAAUCUCCCCGCGCCGUUCUCCGAAGGCACUCCGACUCCGACCCCUCUUCUCGUCUACGGCGCCUCCUCCGCCGUCGGACUCUACGCCGUGCAGAUCGCCAAAGCGGCCGGCUUCCGCGUCUUCGCGGUGUGCUCGCCGAAGAACUUCGAACUGGUCAAGAGUCUCGGUGCGGAGGCUGCUUUCGAUUACAAGGAGCCGGGAGUCGGCGCUAAGAUCAAGGAGGCGUCUGGCGGCAUGAUUCAGCAUGCCGUCGAUACUAUCGCCGCGCCCGGCUCGGGUAAGCUCUUCGUUGACGCUCUGUCGUCUGAGGGAGGCAAGAUUGGGACGCUGGGUUUCUAUACCGACGAAGACAAGGCUAUUCUGGAUGGUUCCAAGGUGGCCCAUCAAUUCUCCAACGCAUACGCUGUGUUCUCGGAGUCCAAUGGUCCCAAGUACUCGAAGCUUGCAGCGCGACUCCUUGCUGAGGGGAAGGUCAAACCGACGCCUAUCAAGGUCUGGGAGAACGGGCUGGAGGGUGUCAAUGAUGCCAUGCAGUACAUGAUAGAUGGCAAGGUCAGCGCCGAGAAGAUCGUCUUCCGCGUCGGUCGCGCCGCCGCGGCAGCGCGGCACUUGCCGACACGUGGCGGACUCGCGACGGCGCGCACAUGCAUCCCAACCUUCUCUUUCUUCUACUUCCAUGUUCAGCUGUACCUUCAACUUCCCGCUGUGUACUUUCGCUAA